AUGGUUUUCUGCGUAGUUGGAUGCGUGUCAAGGUUCAUCAUCAAGAAAAUAGGCACAAGGAGAAUACAAGGGAGGCCACAAGGGGCCAUUGAAGAAGCUAAACCAUUUGCAGACGAAAACGCAUUUGAAAGCAAUUCACUGAAAGGAGUUGUUCUGAGCUCACCUUUGAUUGAGUUCAGCAUAGUUCUUUCAGCAACAAACAAUUUCAGAGACAAGCUUGGCGCUGGUGGAUUUGGUCCAGUUUACAAGGGGAGACUACCAGAUGGCCAGGAAAUCGCUAUCAAGAGGUUGUCGAACAGCUCCAGUCAGGGAUCAGAAGAGUUCAAGAACGAGGUGACUGUUCUGUCCAAACUGCAGCACCGGAACUUGGUUAGGCUUUUUGGCUGCUGUGUUAAUGGAGAAGAGAAGAUGCUGGUAUAUGAAUACAUGCCUAACAACAGCCUUGACUCUUUCAUCUUUGAUGAAACUAAGAGACCGGUGUUGGGGUGGAAAUUGCGGUACAAUAUCAUUCAGGGGAUCGGGAAAGGGUUACUGUACCUUCAUCAGGAUUCCACUCUGAGAAUUAUUCACAGGGACCUGAAAGCGAGCAAUGUUCUGCUUGAUGAUGAUUUCAUCCCCAAGAUAUCUGACUUCGGCAUGGCAAGAAUUUUCGGCGAAUACCAACGUCAAGCCCUUACUCACCGAAUUGUUGGAACCUAUGGCUAUAUCGCCCCCGAGUACGCGAUGGAGGGAAAAAUCUCUGAGAAAUCCGACGUCUUCAGUUUCGGCGUGUUGAUCCUGGAGAUCGUGUGUGGCCGUAGGAACAGCUCCCUCGUUGAUCACGAAUGGUCAAUGAACCUUGUGGGCCACGCAUGGACGCUGUGGCAGGAAGGCAGAGCCUCGGAGCUCAUCGACGCGCUGAUGGGAACCACAUACUCUAAGGACGAGGUCUGCAGAUACAUCCAGGUGGGUCUCCUGUGCGUGCAGGAGUUGCCAGGUGACAGGCCGGCCAUGCCCCUCGUGCUCAGGAUGCUGGGUGGCGACGUCGAACUUCCCGCUCCGAAGCGUGCCGCGUUCUUCGCCGGAAGAGCUCCUGCAGACGACAAGGACACCGAAUCAGGGAACCACUUGACCUAUACUGAAUUGGAAGGCAGGUAG